AUGAAAUCGUCACUGGUUUUUCUUCUUCUUUCUCUGACCCCGCCCACUUUUGCUCAAUGGAAAGUUGAUUCGAGUUUACGAGACGCUUGUAAUCAAAUGGAUGGUGAAUGGAAGGCUAGAUAUGAUGAGCAGUCCAUCAUCGGCGACAGAUGCACAAUGACGUUCAACGUGGCAGUUCGGGACCAGAACGACGCUAACUCGUUUUGCGAAUUGUACGCUCCAUGGAGAUUGAUAAAAGCUGAAAUUGGAAAUAAUGGUAGACCAACGGUAACAUGUCAUGUUGAAGCCACCCUAACGUGCAAAGAUGGCUGGACCCAAAUGUUUGGCUACUGUUUUAUGAUGCCAGAUAAGCAUAACAUUUUCACAUAUGAGCAGGCAGUGCAACAAUGCAAAGCCACUGAUAACUCAGAGAUUGCUCAUUUGCAGCACAAGUAUAUUGUGGGCGUUUGGAGAAAAUUUUUCACCGGCGUUGGCCAAAUUUGGGUUCAUGCCACCGAGCCAUGGGAUCAAUACGUCCAGAAAACGAACACUGUCGAUGGACCACACUUGGCACUAGCCUUCAACGGACAUCACUACGAGUUUGGAGUUCCAGCGAAUUCUCUGAUUCGAGUCAAUGAAAAAAUCCGAUUGCAAGUGCUCUGUCAAUAUAAGCCACCACCGAAUCCGGCGGAAAUUAAUUAUUUGGGACAGAGAUAUUCGGAAAUCUACUAUCCAGUUGUGCCUGUGGAGAAUGGAGUUUUGGUACGAUCCGCGUCUUCAUAUACGAGAACUGCGAAGAAUAUGGAUGUGUGCAAAGAGACGUUGAAACCGUUCUUGUCUGCAGAUGUUGGACCGUUUUUGCCGGAUGAGGAGACGUUGGAGCAGUUGACCAAGUAUCAUCAGGAUCUCGUUUGGCUGACCCGUUCUGGUGCUGAGGUGAAACUCGACAUGCGUGCCAUGGCCUGGAAAACCUGUCAAAAAGAGUCAAAUCCAUUUGAAGUGAAAGUUAAAGAUGGACCCUCGGGAACAAUCCCAGUCAAAAAUAUUCAAAAUCCCAGUGCUACAUGCGAAAAUAUGAGAAGUGCAGCGAUUGCUCAUUCUAAAGGACAUCCUGCCGAACUUCGAGUCAUGUCGGAUAGUCGUUCAUUGCCGAUUUGGUGUAAAUUGGGACGUCACGCGAUGUUUGAUUUUGAAAAACCACCGAAUUAUCAUGUAUUCGAGCGUGCUAAUGGAGAAAAAAUCGGUCAUCGGUUGUUUAAGGAAAAAAUGACUUUUGAGGAGGCACAGAAGACUUGUGAGGGGGAUGGUGGGGUGUUGACGGGCAUCAACUCGAGAGAAGAGGCAGAUUUUCUGGCAGAAGUGGCCAAGAAGGAGGGAGCGAAUAAGAACAGUCAAAUGUGGUUGGGUGGUCAUAGAAAAGACAUUUGUGCCAAUAUUAAUGGAUACGUGAAAAACCCAAAUGAUGAAUGCUCUCGUAAUAAGGUGAUUGCAUGGCAAAACAAUGUGGCAACAAAUUUUACGAUGAUUGGUGGAAAGAUGCACCGGGAAUCUUGA